AGCAGAGCUCAGUCAUUCAAGUCGGCGUGGUGCUACCACCAGCAAGUCUCCUCUUUCCCAGACUCCUCAUCCCGGGGCUUCAGAUAAUCCCAAAUCCAUGGCAGGCAUCCUACAUGCAAGUCCCAAGCCCGGAGGCCUUGGAGUUCAGAUGCCCCCUAAUCACACUUGCCCCAAGCCAAAAGGCCAAAGGAGCAAGCUGAAGAGAAAGCCUGAGAGCAAUCCCCCAUCACCAUAAAUUGUGUAGCUGAAAUCCUCCCAUUGGAGGCAUGACAGACUCUGGCAGGGGUCAGCCUGCCCGCAGUGCAAGGGACAGGUCUCCAUCCUCAACCACACCAAGUCAUUCAAGGCCAAGAAGAAGGGGAUCUCCCCUGCCAGGUCAGUAAAACCACCUAGACUGGACUCCACCUCCCCUGCCAGGUGAGUAGUAGAGGUCCCUUGCUGGGGUUCCUAGCUACUAUUGCAGUACAAAUAAGCAAUCACUUUCCUUAAUAUAACGCUCUCGGCAAAGGUCGAUGGUAAAGUGGGCUGGGAGAUGAAACACUCCUCGCACUCCCACAGAAGGGAUCCCUCUCAGUCUCGGCUGGCCAUGCCGCUAAGAGACAGGGUGCUGAAGGGGUUCAGUCCGCCUCACCCCUUGCUGCGUGCAACCCCAAAAGCACCCAUCCCUAAAGCCUUGAUAAGCACAACCUGCCUGGGUGUCAUUGCACCUCAUUGCCCGAGGAUCGGCCUGGACCAGGGGAGCUGGGCAGCUCCAGGGAGCGAGACUGGAGGCUUUCUCUGCCACACCGUGUCACUUUAAAAGCGCACACACAGAGAAGAAAACACUCAGCGGUGUGUCAGGGAAGUGAGUCACCGUAGAAAUGCACCCAAUCAGCGCUGAGGCCAGAGGAACAGCACUAGACUUGCAAGCUCCAGCAGCUGGAUGACCAGAGCAGCCAGCAGCUUGUCCUGCCAGGGCCUGACCUUCCAACCCACGUGCACUGCUUGAAGAUACUAACGCUUCAAUUUGAAGACAGAGCAUAGUGGCACAGCUCAAGCAGAUGUCAUGGAAGUUGAUCCAACACUUCCAUUAAAUACAGAGGACCUAACCACCCCAUUUAUGAAGAGGAUGUAUACACCGGCUCUCCAAGAGGAAGUCAAUGUGGCCGUCAUUGCAAGUGUCAUCGCUGUGGUUUUCAUCACCCUCCUGACCGUUCUGGUGGUGAUCAUCGUGUACCUAUACAAGAAUAAAGGCACUUACCUCACCUAUGAACAAUCAAACACAGAGCCUGAUGUAUCAGUACAGAUGGAGAACGUGCCUCCCAAAGGAGAAAAGGAAGAGUAUUUCAUUUGAUUCCCUUCAGCUUCUAAGCUGUUCUCAGCUUUGAUGCCGAUGUGCCCAGGCCCUCCCAGACUCUGGAUUCAAAAGACUUUUUCUCCUCCUUAAUUUAUUAACUUGAUCAAGAAAAGGAAAGUGUAAUGGGUGACUACUAGCCUUGAUCAUAGUUCUACUGCACAGACUCUAAUGGAAAGCCAGUAUCACCCCUGUAAUAAGAGAGGUGAGCAGGAUGGGGAGGAGGCUUGCCAGUGGCAGGAAUAGCUGGUGGUUGGCACUUCCUUCUCCAUGACUUGCAAUACAGUUGAUUGGCCAGAUA